GCUUUAUAUCCGCUGGCGCAGCAAUGUACGUAUUUCUUCUUUGAACUCUUCCUCUACUGGGUUGUUCAGAAGUCAUGAGAAAAGCAAUUCUAGGUGUUCUUUUGCUUUGGUUUCUGUGCUCAACAAUUUUAAGGUCAUGCAGGGCAAACAACUUGGUUUGUAAUGAAAAGGAGAAACAAGCCCUUCUGAGCUUCAAACACGCUCUUCUUGACCCUGCAAACCAGCUGUCUUCUUGGUCUAUUAAAGAAGACUGUUGUGGAUGGCGAGGAGUCCACUGCAGCAAUGUCACUGCUCGAGUUCUCAAGCUCGAACUUGCUGAUAUGAAUUUGGGAGGUGAGAUUAGUCCUGCUUUGCUCAAAUUAGAAUUUUUGGAUCACUUAGACUUGAGCUCGAAUGAUUUUAAAGGUUCUCCAAUUCCAAGUUUCCUGGGUUCCAUGGGGAGUUUGAGAUAUCUUGACCUCUCCUAUGCUGGAUUUGGUGGACUAGUCCCUCAUCAGCUUGGAAAUCUCUCGACUCUUCGUCACCUGGAUCUGGGAGGUUACAAUAGGCUGUACGUUGAGAAUCUUGGUUGGAUUUCUCAUCUUGUUUUUUUGAAGUACCUAGGCAUGGAUCGGGUCGACCUUCACAGGGAAGUCCAUUGGCUUGAAUCUGUGUCUAUGUUCCCUUCUCUUUCAGAGCUGCACUUGUCCGAUUGUGAACUUGAUAGCAAUAUGACUUCAUCUCUCGGGUAUGACAAUUUCACAUCUCUCACAGUCCUCGAUCUUUCUGAGAACAAAAUCAAUCAAGAAAUGCCAAAUUGGUUGUUUAAUCUCAGUAGUCUUGCUUUUUUAAUUCUAUCAGAAAAUCAAUUCAAGGGGCAAAUUCCAGAGUCCUUGGGCCACUUUAAAUAUCUAGAAGAUCUUGAUCUUUUUUCUAAUUCCUUUCAUGGCCCUAUUCCUACAUCCAUAGGAAACUUAUCCUCCUUAAGGGCAUUAAAUCUUUAUGCUAAUGGGUUAAAUGGUUCUCUUCCUACGAGUAUGGGGCGUCUUUCAAAUUUGAUGUCCUUGGCUCUGGGAUAUGACUCCUUGACCGGUGCUGUAUCAGAAGCACAUUUUACAACACUUUCAAAAUUGAAGGUAGUACAGAUAUCAGAGACAUCCUUCUUUUUCAAUGUGAAAUCCAACUGGACUCCUCCUUUUCAGCUUCAAUUUCUGUUAAUUUCUUCCUGCAAGAUAGGUCCCAAGUUUCCGGCAUGGCUACAGACCCAAAAGUCUCUUUCCUAUCUAGACUUUUCUGGGUCAGGAAUUGAGGACACAGCUCCGAACUGGUUCUGGAAAUUCGCUUCAUACAUCGAUCAGAUCCAUCUCUCUAAUAACCGGAUAUCUGGGGACUUACCCCAAGUUGUACUAAACAAUACUAUCAUCGAUUUGAGUUCUAAUUGCUUCUCAGGUCGGUUGCCACGUCUCUCUCCGAAUGUUGUUGUGUUGAAUAUUGCUAACAAUUCAUUCUCGGGACAGAUUUCCCCUUUCAUGUGCCAAAAGAUGAAUGGAAGAAGUAAAUUGGAGGUCCUUGACGUAUCAAUUAAUGCUUUAUCAGGGGAACUUUCUGAUUGUUGGAUGCAUUGGCCGUCUCUUACUCAUGUAAGCCUGGGAAGCAACAAUCUAUCUGGUAAAAUCCCCAAUUCCAUGGGUUCUUUGGUUGGACUUAAAGCAUUGAGCUUGCACAACAAUUCCUUCUAUGGAGAUGUACCUUCAUCACUAGAGAACUGCAAGGUUUUGGGGCUGAUAAAUCUAAGUGACAAUAAAUUUUCAGGGAUUAUACCCAGGUGGAUUGUUGAGAGGACAACUCUAAUGGUUAUCCAUUUAAGAUCCAAUAAAUUCAACGGCAUUAUUCCUCCACAAAUAUGCCAACUUUCUUCUCUUAUAGUAUUGAAUUUCGCUGAUAAUAAUCUAUCAGGAGAGAUACCGAAGUGCUUGAAUAAUUUCAGUGCUAUGGCUGAAGGACCUAUCCGGGGUCAGUAUGAUAUUUGGUAUGAUGCUUUGGAAGCAGACUACGAUUAUGAAUCUUACAUGGUAAGUCUUGUUUUAGAUAUAAAGGGGAGGGAAUCAGAGUAUAAAGAGAUUCUUAAAUAUGUUAGGGCCAUCGACCUUUCAAGUAACAAUUUAUCAGGAUCAAUCCCAGUUGAAAUCUUUAGUCUCUCCGGAUUGCAAUUUCUAAACUUAUCUUGCAAUCAUUUAAGGGGAAUGAUAUCAGCGAAAAUUGGAGGCAUGGAAUACUUAGAAUCUUUGGAUCUCUCUAGAAACCGUCUUUCAGGUGAAAUUCCUCAAAGCAUUGCCAAUUUAACAUUUCUUAGUCAUCUGAACGUGUCGUACAACAAUUUUUCUGGAAGAAUUCCUUCAAGCACCCAGCUUCAAAGCUUGGAUCCGCUUUCUUUCUUUGGCAAUGCUGAACUGUGUGGAGCCCCUCUUACCAAAAACUGCACAAAAGAUGAAGAGCCUCAAGAUACAAACACCGAUGAAGAAAGUGGAGAACAUCCUGAAAUCGCAUGGUUUUACAUUGGCAUGGGAACGGGAUUUGUUGUGGGGUUCUGGGGAGUUUGUGGAGCUCUCAUUUUCAAAAGAGCUUGGAGGCAUGCUUAUUUUCGGGUUCUUGAUGACAUGAAAGACAGGGUCUAUGUGGUUAUAGCAUUAAGGUUGAAAUGGUUGCAAAACAACCUGAGAAGAUACUUUCUCGAUUUACGAUGUUUAAGGGGUCGCAGCGAAAGAGAGAAGGUAAUGGAUGGUGGUGGAACUUGAAGAAACCGGGGAAAACAUUCCAGGGAGCACCUGCAUAACCUCAUCAAGUUGACAUGUUUCCACAACUUCAGUACUGAGACGCCUAAAGAUUUUGUUCUCAAGUCUGCAGCAUUUAGAAUUGCUCUUCUAAUUAUCAACUUGGUGGUGUUGUUAUGGAUAUUAUACUUUAUUCUAUGUUAUUUGCUGUUAUGUACGUUAUACUAGCUAAGUUACUUCUUGUUAUAUAUCAUCAUAAGAUGAGCAUUCAGAUA